GUUCCGUACGCGCGUCACCAGCGCACAGAGGAGCUUCCCGACGCGAGGGGAGGAUGGAGAGAUAUGUUGAUCACGACCAUGGGAGGCUUUAAAUGUCACAUUACACGUUGCUAAUUGACGCUCUUGUACUUUCACGGGAUAUGUUUCCACCCUUUGUGUGAGCAGCUGCUCUGGAUACACAAAUCCAGCGCCGCCUUUCGCGUCUGUCUCCCAGUUGAGAAGCUUCCUGGGCUGCGUGGACCGUGAAACCUCGGCACGGUCCCUCGCGGUUAUGUUGUAGUUUACUCGGACAAAGCUUUUCUUUUUGUUUGGAUCCAGGAAAUGUUGGCAUGGCCGCCUCGGGAGCACAGAAGUGUCCGAAGAGUGAGAAGUUGGACGAGGCGCAGGCUUUGGCCAAGAGCUGCGCGGGGAGACCAGACUUCCUGCCUUGUGAUGGGCUCUCCAUCUGCGCUACCCACAGCCACGGGAAGUGCUUCAAGCUGCACUGGUGCUGCCACUUGGGCUGGUGUCACUGCAAGUAUGUGUACCAGCCCAUGACCAAUGUGUGCCAGCUGCCCAGCACGACCGUGCCAGCUGUUGGAACAGAGUACAGUAACACCAUGGACCUGUCCGUGUCUCUGGCUGAGCGCUUCCUGAAGCUCGCCCCCUGCUUCCAGUCCCCACCUCACCUGGAGUCACCCAAGUACUGCGUCAUCGCGGAUCUAUUUGUGGAUGACUACAUUGUCAAACGUAUAAAUGGAAAGAUGUGCUACGUGCAGCGCCCCCCGCCUCCCUUACCAGAACCACCUCAUCCCCCAACACCUCCCCCACCUGCUCCAGCUACUCCUCAGAAGCCCCAGAAUCCUGCUCAGCCUCGGCAACAAGUGAAGCCUGCGCCGCCAGCCCAACAUACACCUGCACUUGCACCUGCGCCUGUGCAGCCGGUCCAGGUGUACAGUGAACACAAACAUCCUUCCCCUGUGGAUAAGAUAAAAGGCCCUAAAAUGGACCACUGCUCCUCCCCAUCCAGCUCUGAGGACUCCGGCAUCAACGCGCUGGGUCUGCACUACCUGGAGUCCUGCGAGGAGGAGAGCGAGGAGGAGGACGACGAGUUGAGCACAGACGGGAACUCCAGCCCCGGCAGUCUCUGGGAUCAGGACGACUGUUCUCUGCUCUCCCCCUCCAAGUCAAUGAUAGAGAUCAUCGAAAAGAUCGAAACAACUGUGUAACUGACACAACAUCGACAUGGACACCAGCUGCGAGGGAGCGCGAGCUACAGAGCAGAAUCGUAUUAUUGAGAAUAACACAUGAAGAUUUAUGCUACAUAGACCAAUAGGACACAAACCCCUCUCUAACGCUUCAGCAGGGCUUCGCUGGGUUGUUUAGCUCAAUUUGUUUUCCUGCAGGUGGCCGAGGACUGUACAUCUGCGCUCACACACAGCCUCCCCUCUGUCCACAUCCCCUGCAUGGACUGAAUUUCUAGAACUUAUUAUAAUACAGGAGAAAGGCACAAGCACAAGAAUAUUAAGCACAUGCAUAGUGGACCAAAUAGACCUCCUGUACGUAGUACUUACACAGACUAAAAUCUAAAAUACAAAAGGAAUCAAUAGUAAGUGCACUCAGAGGAAAGUAAUUGAAAAAGUGAGACUUUAUUUCAGAGAUUUUUCUUUAUGUAUACAUGACUGGAGCUGAAUUUUGUAUGAAAGGAGGCGGUAUUAGGAGGUUUUCUGAUGAUAAUGAGCAGUUAGAUAAUUGUAAGUGUUCUCCAGUUAUUAAUCUGGCAGUCAGACUUUCUUCUAAUUCAACAUUUAAGUGGCACAGAAGCGUGCUAUUUCUUUUUCUCCGGUCAAUGGCUCCACCCACAUGUAUCUGUAAUUCUGACACUUCAGCAUAAUAACUACAAGGCCAUCUACCUCUCAUGGGGCCUAAUGCACAUCAGCCUUUUAACCCGUUAAUUACUCAGCUCCGAGCUGCUGGGACGCACCUGCUUUUCACGUCAUGUUAAUAAAAAGAUCCCCGUGCCCACGGUUUGUGCGCACUUUACUGACACCAACACGGGCAGUAGGUAGGUAGGUCAGUGUUCGACAAUCAAGGAUUACACAGAAGCACAUUCCUAUACUGUACCUGCCAGCGAGGGCCAAGGAUACCCUUCUAAAACCAUUUAUCAGACAUUAACACAUUGUUCCGACCACCUUUUCUGGUCAAGCUGCAAUGAACUGCAGUGCUGUUCAAGGUUAAAUGGGGCGUUAAGCAAAACAUGGCUUGUAUUGACCUCUAUUAGCAGCCAAGAAAUUAAAUAGCAUGGACAUGUUCCUGGCAGAGUGACAAAAGUAGGAGUCACGCUGUCACAGCAGAAAGACAUCUAGUGAAGAGGGAAUAUAUCUAAUAUAUAUAAAUAUAUACAUAUAAACAUAUAUAACAAUAAAACUGCAUUGUUACUUGCUUUUUGGGCUUGACGGUGAAAUGUGUUGUGAUGCCAGCUGAAAGGGGAGUCUUGGAAAGGUGUGCAGGCUAGACUAGUUUGUCACAGAUUAUUUUGUGCAUUGGGGCAGGAAAUGUCACUUAACGCACCUCUUAAAGGAGGUUACAGUUCGGAAUAGGAUGCCAUAUAGGUGUUGUGAUGUUGUGAUGGACAUGAUGUUUUGAGAAAUGCACUCAAGUAUAAAAUUUGUGAGACAGCCCCUUAUUAGUCAGUUAGUGAAAUGAAGAUGGGCUGGGUCUUUUUGGAUUUUUAUUUUAAUGUUUACAGAGUUAUUUCCUGGAGAGUUAUCUGCAAAAAUCACUGAAAUAUUCACAAGUAUAUAUUGCUGCAAUGAUACGCUAGAUGUUAAAAGUCAUUUUGCAUGACUGCAUUAAUUUGCAGAAGUCCCUCAUGUCAAAAGCCAAUUUAACAAAUUUGUGAUUCAGAGUGUUCAAGCAGUGAACAAAUCUGUAUGUCAUUCUAUUAAAUUGUUUUUUUCUUUUUUUUUCAAUCCAGGGACAGCCCUUGACAUUACACUGAACACAGUCCCUAUUAAUGCAGUUUAAACAUCUGUUAUGUUCUUAUUAUUGUUAUAUUAUUUUCAUAUGAAUAAAUCUUAAAGAAACUCACA